UGCAAGUCAGUGUACAAUCGAGAAGAGGACCAGCCAGGACCUUCAUCCUUUCGUUAAGGAGAUGUAUUUGGCAGCCAAGCAUGGGCAACUUGGGAAGAUCAAGCAGUACCUGGAGAAGGACCGUGACAAGAAUGCCUGUGAUGAGGAAAGCUGCAACCUGCUGGCUUGCACGAACAUUGCCAACUGCCUUGAAGUGGUGCACUUCCUCCACUGCAAUGUGACAGAUAAACUGGUCUGGGGACACGCUUCUCAUGCAUGCUGCCAGGAGGUGGUGGAGGAGCUACUCGUGUGCCCACACCCAUGCCAUCUGAAUGUUGACAUCCAGACUAGCUAUGAGAACAAGGCAGAGAGAUGGACACAGCAAUGAAGAGAUUGCCAGGCUCAUCCAGAACACUCAGCUGCCCAGACUUCAGUGGCCUCCCAUCCUUUGCCCCACCCUGGUGCCUGCCAGGAUGCCAGUGGCUGAGAUGAAUCUUGAGUCUUCUCAGUUUUUGUGUGUUGUAGGGUUGUAAUGUGCAUGAUGUAUUGUUAUUGUUGUCAUUGUUGUAGACCUUGUCGCUCACUCUAGAUGGAAAGCUCAUAUCAACACUGAUGGCAUUUAAGCCUGUAUGGGUGAAAAGGAAAAAUUUUGUAAAAGAAUUUUAAAAACUGGAGCAUUUUUUGCACAAUAUUGGUAACAGGACUAAUCAACUCCAUGAAGGCCCAAAGUUGCUCUCCAUUCCCAGACCAAGGAUGCUGUAUAGCUGAAUGUGCUGAAUGUCAGCAAUGAUCUGAUGCUCCCAGUUAACUAAGUGGUACAACAAUCUGUCUGUCAUAGGUCACCUUUGAUUGCAACGUUUGUAUAAAGGCUGUUCCACCAUGGUUGCUAGCCUUUCUUUUGGCCACUCAUCUUUGCACAACAUGCAUCAAUAUGCUGCUGGAUACAGGGCAUCUGGUGUGUGCUUAGUGCUUAUGUGCUCAUAAUAGGGGAGUCCCCAGAGCUCCAGACCUCACAGUGAACUAUAAAUUACAUAAAGUUCUGCAGAAGUGGCAGCAUCCAUCAUAGCAUGUCUGCUUGCCUGCCUCUAGGGGGAAAAGUUGUGUUCAUUGCCAUGAGAGGAUGCCUUAUUCCAUGAUUUGUUAUCUGUACUGUUACAUUAUUUAAUUCCUUGCCUUUUGAGUGUGUGAUUCUGAAGAUAAUUCAUGGUAUAAUAGUUGUAUUGAUUGCAUAAGUAAAUUACAUGGAAGACA